AUGACUAUCGAAUUACCAUCAUCGACACGACAAAUUCUGGUAGUGAUCAUCUACCGCCCUGAACCGUCUCCGGUGCCCGUUAGUGUCUUUCUCAAUGAACUUGGAGAAUACCUGGAGGGAGUAGCUACCACCCCUGAGCUGUUGGUGGUGUGUGGAGACUUUAACUUUCACGUGAAUGAUGAUUCUGACAAUAAUGCAAAGCGUUUCCUGGAGCUGUUAGACACUUUUGGUCUCGACCAACAUGUCUUAGGACCGACUCACAUCUCGGGAAACACCCUGGACCUCAUUCUGUCUAGAAGAUGUGAAAGUCUAGUCAGUGGCACUUUCAGGGCCAGCCUCCUGCUGUCAGACCACUUUUUCAUUGACUGUAAGUUGAAUACACCGAAACCCAGGUCACCGAAGCGAACGGAGUCUUUCCGCAAGAUUAGCCAAAUUGAUGUUGAGGAUUUCAAGGCGGAUAUCAGAUCAUCUGACAUCUGUGGCCCAUCGAAAGCUGACCUUGAUGAUCAAGUGCGGGUUUUCGACAAAACCUUAGUCGGCAUCCUGGACAAGCAUGCCCCUUUGAUAACCAGGGAGAUUCCUGUUUGUCCAUCCACGCCAUGGUACAACGGGGAGCUGCGUCAGCUGAAACAAGCCAGGCGAAGGGCGGAGAGGAAGCGACACCUUUCACCAGCCUGUGGGAGAGCCUACCGGAGGGCCUGCAAUCUAUAUUCUGUAAACCUCAAUAAGGCGCGCCGAGACUACUACACCAAGCGGGUUCAGGGAUGUGAGGGCGACUCAAGGAAGUUAUUUCGUUUAGUGCACACGCUCUGUCAAGAGAAGCAGGUUGACACACUUCCCCCACAUGACGACAAGACUGUGCUCGCCAACAACUUUGGAGAGUUCUUUGUGAGGAAGGUGAAAUUGAUUCAGGAAAAGAUCGCAGCAGUCGAGGUCAACUGUCCUUCUGUCACCAGCCCGGCGCCAGGGAAAACUUUCUCUUGCUUCGACCCAGUGUCUGAAGUAGAGGUCAGCAACAUCAUCCUAAAGGCCUCUAGUGCAUCAUGUGAACUCGAUCCAAUACCUACGUCCCUUCUGAAGCAGUGUCUUGACUCACUACUUCCUACCAUCGUUGACAUUGUCAAUCAGUCUCUUCAGACAGGAUAUAUUCCAGAUAGUUGGAAAUGUGCUACCGUCAAACCAUUGCUGAAAAAGGCUGGGCUUGACCUCACCUUUGCUAAUUUUAGACCUGUUAGCAAUUUGCCUUUCAUUUCAAAAGCAGUUGAGAGAGUAGUCGUGAAGCAGCUUCUGGGGCACAGUGACUCCUUUGCCCCACUCCCCAAGUUUCAAUCAGCUUACCGUCAGAACUUCUCUACAGAGACUGCAAUGGUAAAGGUCCAGAGUGAUAUCUUAAUGAAAAUGGACAAACAAGAAGUGUGCCUGUUAGUCCUCCUAGACUUAAGUGCGGUAUUUGACACUGUCAAUGUGACAAAUCUUCUAAGCAUAAUGAAAGAGGAUUUCGGUAUCUCUGGAACAGUUCUUAAGUGGUUGGAGUCCUACCGAUGCGCGUGCAUGGUUUAUUGA